AUGAUUGAAAAUUAAAAAGAUGACUAGAUUAGCCCUUCAGAUUUUUGGAAGCAUCCUGGAGAGCCCCAGAAAGGUCAAAAAGAGUUGAAAUACAUGGCUACAAAAAUUAGUGAGCCAAGAGGGAGUGUUCAGUAUCCUUAACAUGUGCAAGUGGCUAUUGAAGAUGAUAGUAGUUCUCAAAAUGAUUCGAGAUGGUAUGCAAAAAAUGAAACAUACAAAUAACUUAUUGGAAAUGAGAGAACUGGGUUCAUAAAAAAAGUACUGUAAUUGAAAUAAAAGGUGUAUUCAAUCAUGAUAAUUUAAUUGUUUAUAACCAUGCUAAUGUGUUUAGCUUCAUACUUAUUACUUGAUUAUCGUGCAUUCUAACUUUAGCAUAGCGGAUUGGCAUAUUUGGCUUUGGGCGUAUCAAUAUUUGUUGAAUUGUUGCUGUUAUGCAUUCCAAAAUUCGCUUGGAAAGUGCCGUACAAUUAUAUUUUAUUGUUUAUUUUCACAUUCUGUGAAGGUUAUCUCAUAUCAAAUCUAUGCAGUUAUGUAUUUGAUAGAUUCAGUGAAAACGGAGGUAUUUCAUAUAAUCCUUAUGUAGGAUUUAUUGUUCUAAUGGCGACUAGUUUUUCAUUAGCUGUAGUGAUAGGAUUAACAUUAUACGCAUGCAAAACAAAGUCAGACUUUACUACGAAAGGAGCACUAUUGUUUAUGUGCAUUACUUCACUAUUGCUUUUUGGUAUAAUGGCAGGUUUUUACUACCAAAAUGUAAUUAAUCUUCUUUAUUCGUUAAUUUGUUGCCUUUUAUUCGGUGCUUAUUUAAUCUAUGAUACUUAAUUAAUAUUAGGUGGAAAUGUAAUAUCUUUAAAAGCUAUAUGUAUUAGACUCACUAAUUGUCCAUUGAUGAUUAUAUCAUAGGAUCAAUGAUAAUUUAUAUAGAUAUUGUGUAUCUAUUUGCUCAUAUCUUAAUGGUGUUAAUCGCAUGUCUAAGAUGA